AUGAACAGAAUAGAUGGACAAAUAGAGGAAAGAGGGUACUGGGGGAGUAAAGCAGAGUUUAUUCUGGCUGUGGCAGGGAAUGUGGUUGGAUUAGGAAAUGUGUGGAGGUUUCCCUACCUCUGCUACAAGUAUGGAGGAGGGGCAUUCUUGAUACCUUACCUGGUGUUUGUGGUUACCUGUGGAGUGCCUUUGUUUCUGCUGGAGACAGCAAUGGGACAGUACACACGGGAAGGUGGCAUUACAUGCUGGCAUCGCCUCUGUCCAUUGGCUGAGGGUAUUGGUUAUGCAGGACAGCUGAUUCUGCUGUACAGCUGCAUGUAUUACAUCAUCAUUCUGGCCUGGGCACUUUUCUAUCUUGUCUACUCUUUCAGCUCCCAACUGCCAUGGGCCAGCUGUGAUAACACCUGGAACACAGAUGACUGUGUAAAUCUUGCUGCAAAGAAUCUUACUCUCAACCGGACAGCACAAAUUAAUACAACCUCAGCAACUACUGAGUUCUGGGAACGCAGAGUGCUGUCAAUCUCUGGCGGUAUUGAGGAGAUGGGUAAGAUCAAAUGGGAGAUUCUUCUGUGUCUCAUUGUAAUGUGGAUCAUAUGCUAUUUCUGUAUCUGGAAAGGAGUCAAAUCUACAGGCAAGGUUGUGUAUUUCACAGCCACAUUUCCUUACGUGAUGUUACUGGUGUUGUUGAUUCGUGGGUUGACUCUGCCUGGAGCCCUGCAGGGGGUUGUGUUUUACCUGUACCCUGAACCAGCCCGCCUCUCUGACCCACAGGUUUGGAUGGAAGCUGGAGCUCAGAUCUUUUUCUCCUACAGUGUGUGUGUUGGAACUCUCACUGUAUUAGGCAGCUACAAUCAAUACAACAACAACUGCUACAGGGACACCUUGCAACUGUGCCUACUAAACAGUGGCACAAGUGUGGUGGCUGGCUUUGCUGUGUUCUCAGUUCUGGGCUUCAUGGCAAAUAAGCAAGGUAUCCCUAUUGAGGAGGUUGCAGAAUCAGGUCCAGGACUUGCGUUCAUAGCUUAUCCACAGGCAGUAGCUAUGAUGCCUCUCUCUCAGUUGUGGGCUGCAUGUUUCUUCAUCAUGAUAAUUUUGCUGGGGAUAGAUACACAGUUUGUUGCAAUGGAAAGUGUCAUUACAUCAGUAAUGGACCUUUUCCCCAUGUUGCUGCGCAAAGCUGGACGUCGAGAAAUUUUCCUUCUUCUUUUCUGUCUCAUUUGCUUCUUUGGACAGCUUGCCAUGGUCACAAAGGGGGGGAUGUAUGUAUUCCAGUUGUUUGAUUAUUAUGCCUGCAAUGGAGCCUGUGUUCUGUUCCUGUCUGUGUUUGAGUCUCUGGCAAUGGGUUGGAUCUUUGGGGCUGAAAGAAUGUUUGACAUCAUUGAAAACAUGACAAGAUCACGACCCAACUACAUAUUCAUGUUGUGCUGGAAAUAUCUGACUCCUCUUGUGUCUCUGGUGUCUUUUGUUUAUUCUCUUGUGGAGUACCAGCCCCUGACUUUUAACCGCUGGUAUGUGUACCCGGGUUGGGCGUAUGCACUUGGCUGGCUUCUGGCCCUGUCCUCUAUACUGCUGGUGCCUGGAUGUGCACUGGGCCGACUCAUUGCUGGCAAAGGCAGCCUGAAACAGCGUUGGCUUCACCUGUGUAGUCCUGACAAAAACCUCCCGCUUACCUGUAAGCAACGAGCUGAAAUUCAGGAAAUUACUUUGACCACAGAGAUGGAAGACUUGGUCAGGAGAAACCCAGAGGAACAUGGACACUGAAAGAACAAUUAAAACACUAGUGAAUCAUUCCUAUACUAGUUAUUUUUCUCCAUUAACUAACAUCUAAUGGAGUUUUGUGUUCCUUGCCACAGUCGACUUUGGCUUGCCUACUGGACAAAAUAAUAUUUUUUUUAAAGCAUAAUCUACAAUCACAUUUUUCAUUAAACCCCAGAAUGAUGACUUUGACAUUACAGGUUUGAUGUCUGUUACAGCAUAAUUUUCUGUAAAGCUGCUUUGAAACUAAGUGUGUAGUGAAAAGUGAAAGACAAAUAAAACUGUCUUGACUUAACAGCAAUGAAUAUUAUUUAGUAGCAAAGCAUCAUGUAAGCUACUAAUCUCUCAGUGAGUUACACAACCCAUUGUUAUAUAAUUAUCUAUAUUUAGCAAUGUUUCACCACAUGCAGUUCUGGAGAUACAUUUUGCAUGGGCAUCUUUUUAUUUUAUAAAGUGCUAGGGGCAGUUUUAGGGUGGGGUACAGACAUGUUGGUUGUGACACUAAACAUCAUGAAUAUUAAUUAGUCUAUGCACAAAUGAUUUCAAAUCUUCUACUGUUUUGAUAAAUAGUCAUUCUUGCUGACAAAAACAAGCGCUCAAAUAAAUAUUUGACAUAUUUAAUUUGAUAACUUCAUCCCUGUAUUUGCCACUGUCAGUCCUGAGAUUCUGUGAGUUAGUGCAUAAACAAGAAAAUACAGUACAAGGUAUGACUGACUGGUCUAGUAGUUACAUUUUCGCUUCGAGAACAAGGGGUCCUGGGUUCUUGACCGCCCUAAAAUAAUUAUUUUAAGAAACUUAAGAUUGCAGAAACAGGGACAUAUUUGUUUGCAGUUUGUUUUGUGAUUUUAAUAAAAAUGGAUAGUGAGCU